CUGACGAAUAUGUUUAUUCGGCAGAAAUUUUCUGUCGAAUAUGUGUGGCAACAUAAUCGGCGCCAGUAUGCGAGAUCUGGUUUCUUCUCCGGCGAAGCUUGCUGUCGCUGUUCUUCUCCGUUGCGCCCCCUGUUCUCCGGCUCCACGCCGGUGCCGCCAAAUGGACAGUCAACCCUAUUUUGACAGCCAAUUGGACAGUCAACCAUACAUUGACAGCCAAUAUGAUGGAAUUGUUGAGGAUACUCCUGCAUCAUUAUGGGAUUGUCCAUCUCGGAGUCCUCUAAGGAAGAAGUUAACAACAUCAAGGAAUCAUAUUGCAAUCCCCCAAGACAUUCCAUUGCCUAAAAAUGAAGACAAUGUUGUUUGCCAAAUAUGUAAUGGAUUAGAGUUGGAACCGUUGCUCUUAGCUCUGAUCAAAGACGACGAGUUCAAGCCAUGAAAAUUAUCACUUAGCUCUGUAACUUGUUCUUGUUUUUGUUGUGGUUGAUUAUGAACUUCUUCUAAUCCAAUAGGAAAGCUUCCAGCCCGUGUAAUUGACAGUUUUGAGGAAGAGGCGUAAAAAAAGUGGUAAAUGAAAAAGGAAAGAUCUUUUAUUGAACCCUUUUGUCUUUCUUUCUCUUCCUUGUUUCCAAAAGACUCUGGUUUUCUUCUUCCUCUCUCUCUCUCUCUCUCUCUUAUAAUUUCUUUGGUUUCUUGCUCUGGGAUGCUCUCAAAAAUAUGAAGAGUUUAAAAGGAAGAGUUAUCUUUAAAUGAAAAUAAUAGAAAGGG